CUUCCAAUAUAACUCAUCAAAACCCAACACUUAACAACAUUUUUUUUACCUUUCACCAUAAUCAAACACCCUACUAGCUUUCUCCAUAAAAAAAUGGCAACUUUGUUCAAACCUUGUUGUAGCUCAAACUUUGGAGGAGGAAGCCAUGCUUUAGAUAGUGAAGAAUACAUCAAAAAAGGGAACAAUCUAUUGAAAUGGAAGAUCCCAAAAGUUCCCACAACCAAAAUCUACAAAAGAAACCCAUUCACUUUCUUCUCUGAUCCAUCCAUCAAAACCGAAGAAGAAAAGAUGUCUUGUGAAAAUGGUAGCCAAGCUUUUAGGUUAAUAGCUAAAAAUCCCAUCAUGGCUAGCUUCAAUGACAAUAGAUUCUACACCACGAUAAAUGUGGGGAUGAUCCAAAUUGGGGUAAAAAUUAUGACCACAAAAAUACCCUCAAAUGCUUCAAUUAUUCUGUGUGUUUUUGACAGUAGAAAUGAAAAUUUUGAAGAUGCAAUUUUGGGGUUGGUGGAAUCAAAUCUAGGUUUUGAGCAGCUUCCUGAAGGGACAAGACCAAUUAGUUUAAUGUGGAGGACAUGUUACAAGCUACAAGAAAGUGCUUUGCCAAAUGCUUUGCUUGAGAGCCCACAAGGCAAAACUGUGUAUUUUCAAACAGAUCUUCAGAAUUCCAAGGUUGCUGUCCAGAAGGUCUCAAAAUGGGAUGAAGUUGUUUGCAAACUUAGGAAUAUUAUAAUGAAGCACUAAUAUAUAAAAUAUAGAAUUUCGAUCAAAUUUAAGAAUAGGGUGUGUGAUACGAUCAUUUGCUUUGAAUUAUUACUUAUGUAUUUGUUGAAGUAUUUGAAGUAUUAAGUACUUAUUGUAUAAGUUUGUUUUUGUAUGCUCUUAUUGCCUAAGUAAUGUUAUAGCUAAAUUUUGAAUAUC